CCCAACUGCUCUCUGAUGGGAGUACUGGCUCUGUACUGGGAGUGUUGAAGCUCACUUGAUGAAUAGUGAUCUCAUCUUUAUGGAUCUUGUCCACCUGCAGGUUCUUCUGGCUGUGGUUCUGGCUGUGUUCUGCUACUGUCUGGUUCUUUGCUGCAUCUUUUGCUGUCGCAAACAGAAAAAAGACUCCUCUGAGGAAAAAGAGACCAUUUUCCUGCUCCCUCGUCCCGCUGACAGCGUGACUGUGACAUUGACUCAUUCUCAGUGUGCUCAGCCUGGGGAGCAGCAGUAUGAAGAGCUGGACGGGGACGUGUUGGAGUACCUUUCUUUUAAAAGCAGUUCUUCUCCAUCUGAAGAUGACCUCGGCAAUCUCCCGUUCGACCCCAGCCCUUCCGGACCGGCUGAGCGGUUGCAGUCCUCCAGGCCUACCUUCCCAAUGCGUCGCCUCAGUACUCCUGCUCUCCCCUGCUCCCCCAGUAAAGCUUCCACUCAUGGCAGGGCCUCUUUACCUUCCCUCACCAAGCUCAGCUUUGUAUCCAAAUCCCGCCUGGUGAUCGGGAGACGCAGAACUGUUAGUGGGGAAAGUUUGGCUUCCAGUGAGAACAGUCACCUUACUGCUGGUGCUAACAGUCAGCAGGGGGAGCCAUGCCUCCCCCAUUAUGGCUCCCUAUCUGUCUCACUCAAGCCAGCUCCCCUUCUGCACUUUUCCCUCCUCUUUAACUCUGCCUCUGGCACCUUGGUGGUCAACAUCCUGAGACUGUCUGGAGACACUAGAAGGGGAUGGGGGGUGUUUGCUCGUGUCUGCCUUCCUCCACUUCACCCUGUGCCCCAGCAGACAGCCCCACGCCGACGCAGCUUCAAUCAGGACUUCAUUAGCCAGAACUUCUCUCUGGAGGUGGGCUCUGUGGAACAGCUCUGCACAUGUACCCUGAGGCUGGCCGUCUACAGCAGGGAUUUCUCAGGGCUAAGAGAGGCUGCUCUGGGCGAAGUGGAGCUGGCCUGUGACGAGAUAGAGUGGGAGCCUGACUCUAGCAUUACCUACACCAAGCAGCUCAUGCAGAGUCAAAACAAGCUGAAAAAGAGUUUUAGCUAUCGGGAGACUGUUGGACGCAGGAAAAGCUCAGUCGGCAUUCCACGGAUGUUAGGACAACUCUUAAUUUUGCUGCAGUACCAGAGCCUGGCUCAGCGCAUCAAAGUGAUGGUUCGAAAGGCUGAGAAUCUGGUCAAGCUGACACGAAUCCCAGGAACCCCAGAUCACUAUGUUGUCAUCAAUCUACAUCAGAAUGGUAAAAUAAUUCAUACGAAGGAGACUAAAGUGGUCAGCGGUCCAAACCCCAUUUGGAAUGCUCCUUUCCUGUUUGACCUCCCCCCUGGUGACAUCACCAAGCUGCAUCUGCUCCUCGAGUUCAUCGUCAUGCAGGGCCGCGUCUACACGAAGAACAGCAUCCUGGGGCGCGUGAUGAUUGGUCGUGAUGCUUCAGAUGCAGGACAGGAGCACUGGCGGGAAACCUGCUGUCUGGGACAAACUGAAACCACCCGCUGGCACAGCAUCCAGUCAGACUCAGUGUAGGAAAAACUGUAGGCGAAGGACCACAUUGCCUCCAGGACAAUAGAUGGCGAAGCAGGGAUCACACUGGGGUUUUGUCUGAUAUCACAGCUGUCCAACCUGAUGGCAAUAGUGAUAACUUCACUGUGAUUCCUGAAUGCUGAAGGAUGUGAAACUGUAGCAACUUGGAUGUACUGUGAAUCUAUUGUGUUAUUGUAGCACCUACUUAUCCAUGUGUUAUUCUGUACAGAGUUAGAGUUAGACCACUGUGUUUGGCAUGCUUGAAUAUUUAUCUGUAAAUAUCUAAAUAUCAGUAAUUAUGAUCAUUUGCUGAGAAAAAAACAUAUAUUUUCUUUUUCUCUAUUUGUAUCCGGAAAAGCUUGUUAGAUAAAAGCAAACCCCCUUUAGGUUUUUCAUCACACAGCAGCCUGAGCAGAUGCUGGUGAUGAGGGCUUCUCCACAGAGACUCCAUCGUACCUAAUAACAUGAAUCUGGGAAGGUGCUUCUUCAGCCAUUGGAAGGAAGAGACUUAAACUUAGACUCAACUUUAUUUAUCCCUUGAGAUUACUCCUUCAGGACAAUUCUGGUUCCAUUAGCUUUUAUACAAAGAGUUAAAGCAUUAUGCCAUUAAGGAUAAAAAUACAACAUGCAAUGUAAAAAGAAUGUAUAUAGUACAAAAAGAAUAACGAGAGAAUUAUAAAAAUAGAGCUAAGGAAAGUCUACACAGUUGACUUGGAUUAUUGCACUUGUACUGCAGAGAUGUUCUGGCCUUAUAAAUAAGUACAAAAAUUACAAACGCUACACAUUAGUUGGCAUAUGUUAUUGCACAG